AUGGCCAAUAAAGCCAUGAACGUCAUGCUGUUGAACAGGAAAAUGGUGUACAUAGGAGAGUUCCUGCCUCGUAACGAACCUCAAAACAAGCUCCAUGAAAGACCCAGUCUUUCCUCUAACUUAUUUGCGAAAAACUUGGGCCAAAACAUAACUUCUGAGAAAUUUAACCACUUAUUUUCCAAGUUUGGUGUAAUUUCUAGUAGUGUACUCGCCCGCCAUUCAGAUGACACAAUCAAAAGGCUCUGGUUUCGUAGCUUUCGAAGAUCUCAAGUGUGCCGAAAAGCUGCACUAGUAAGAAAUAUUGACUCUAUUUUAUAA